AUGCAACAAGUAUGGAGGUGGCUGUACGAGAAGAAAAACAGCAUUCAUGCAGAUCAUCGACCAGAAAUUUUAUCACUGAUGAAGUCCAUCAUUUAUGCAGAGAUGGAAGACAUUUCAGAAAGGACUGAUGAUAUGUUAGAACACAGUCUUUUUGAGAAGUACCCCAAUGCUGCCAAGUACUUUGAAGAUGUGCUUGACCUUAAAGAAUCGUGGGCUUUAGCCUAUCGAAGUGGCCUUCCUGUCAGAGGUAACAACACCAACAAUUAUGUCGAAGCCCAGUUUCUUGUCAUCAAAGAUGAAAUUCUGAAUCGAGUAAAGGAAUUCAAUGUUGUUGGACUAGUAGACAAAUUAACAAUUAAUUUGGAGGAACAUUAG